CAAUGUGUGUCAGGUGGCUAGCCUCAUACGCACGAUAGUUUCUCAAUAACCACACAGUUAAGUUGGGCUUGUCUAGUUCCGAUUCAUGGUGGACAUGAGUUACUAUAACGAUCAAUAAAAAAGUUGGAGUUUCCUUUUCGCCUGUUUAAGUCCACUUUGUUCGUGGCCCUCUUGCAAAUGCAGCGACUGUUGGAGUUUGAAAUGCUGUGGUUUGUGUUUAUCUAGCUAGUGUUUAUUUCACGUGUACUUGGAAUACAUCGAGGUUUUAAAAAUGAAUAGCUUGGCUUUUGAAGAUCCUUCACUGGAUAACUUGGAUGCAACGCUGUCGCUAAACGACCCAAGCGACAUCGACACAGCCCUUCUAAAUGACAUCGAUGACAUGCUGCAGCUUAUCAACAACCAGGACAUGGAGUUCCCUGGGUUGUUCGACACCCCUCCCUACUCUGGUCCUCCCGGCAUACAGGACCUCCCUCUCCUCACCCCGUCAGUGGCUCUAGCACCACCGCCUCCGACCACUUCCACCGCCAGCCUCCAGCUCUCCUCCUCUCUCACCUCCUCCUCCUCAUCGUCUUCGUCGUCCUCCAUCCUGAGCAGCAGCCCACACCUGGACGCCCUGCUAGGGCCUCCCAUCACCCGUAGCACCUCCAGUCCCGACAAGGCCUUCCAGCCACACACCUUCCAGCAGUCUCCGCUAGCCCAGGUGACCAGCUCCAGCCACAGGCAGCAGCAGCAGCAGCAGCAGCAGCCGCAGCCGCCGCCGCCCACCUCCCCGCAGCAGGCUCAGGGGCCCAUGCAGCCCAAAGUGGAGCAGCCCCAACCCGCUUUAAGUCCUGUGGCGUUGUCGCUUUCUUCGCCGAUUGGCACUCUGAAACAGAGCCCAUCAUUGAGCUUGACGCCCCAAGCCCUGUUUAAUUUGCCAACAUCCCUGCAGAAGCAGUCCCCGUCCCAGGUGCAGCCUCUAAUACAGGCCCAGGCUCUGUCCCCUCAGGCCCGAAUCUCCUACAGCAACCAGAACGGCUAUAUAACAGUGACUCAGGCAGGGGUCAGCCAGUCGGUGCAGACCCUGUCAUCCUCAAAUGCUAUGGUCCAACCGAUGACCAUCCAAACUUCCAUCCACGGGCUGACCACAACCUCCUCUCUCUUGAGCACUUCGGGGAGCACCACGGUCCAGGCCAUCGCACCCCAUGUACAGCAGGUUCCUGUGAGUGUGCUGCUGCAGCCCCAGUUCAUUAAGGCAGAGUCUCUGCUGCUGACCACACUGAAGCAUGACCCCUGCAUCGUCACCACCGUGUCCUCGCCCACCUCCCUGGGCACCACCUCCGCCACCGUGCAGAGCACCUCGCUCCAGGCCCUGAUGAGCGGGGGCACCAUUCUGACUACGAUGCCCAUCAUGAUGGAUGGCGAGAAGCUGCCCAUCAACCGCAUCACCAUCAACAGCAAGCCCAUGGGCCUGCCGCACAAGGGGGAGAAGCGCACGGCGCACAACGCCAUCGAGAAGCGCUACCGCUCCUCCAUCAAUGACAAGAUCCUAGAGCUGAAGGACCUGGUGGCCGGAACUGAGGCCAAGCUCAACAAGUCUGCUGUACUCAAAAAGGCGAUAGAAUAUAUUCGCUACAUACAGCAAACUAACCAGAAGCUCAAACAGGAGAACAUUUCUCUCAAAAUGGCCGCCCAGAAAAACAAGUCUCUUAAAGACAUUGUUGCCAUGGAAGUGGACGGCCCCGAGGUGAAAAGCGAGCUGCCCACCCCUCCAGCCUCAGACGUGGGGUCUCCCACCUCCUUCUCCCACUGUAGCAGCGAUUCUGAACCUGACAGCCCGAUGGGGGAGGAAACCAAGCCCCUCAACGGUGCCCUGGACGCCUCCUCUGCGGGCGGCGGGGUGGGAGGCAUGCUGGACCGCUCUCGCAUGGCUCUGUGUGCCUUCACCUUCCUCUUCCUCUCCCUCAACCCCCUGGCAGCGUUGCUCUGUGGCUCGACCGGAGCCGGCGAUGGUGUGGGGGACAACGGCGAUGCCUCUCCCCACAGCACCGGGAGGAACAUGCUCGGGCUGACAGCUGCUUCUUGGGGUGUGAUGGACUGGAUGCUGCCGACGCUGCUGGUGUGGUUGUUAAACGGUGUGCUAGUGGCGGUGGUCCUGGUCAGACUGCUGGUGUAUGGUGAGCCCGUCACCAGACCCCACUCUGGCUCCUCCGUCCUGUUCUGGAGACACCGCAAGCAAGCUGACCUGGACCUGGCUCGGGGAGAUUUCGCCCAGGCCAGUCAGAACCUGUGGACCUGCCUGAAGGCCCUGGGCCGCCCCCUGCCCACCUCCCAGCUGGACCUAGCCUGUGCGUCCCUGUGGGCCCUGCUUCGCCUCUGCCUCCAGCGCAUGUGGGUGGGCCGGUGGUUGGCUGCCAAGGCUGGGGGCCUGCGCUCCGACCGCCCCCUGCAGGAGGACGCACGCAAGAGCAGCCGGGACGCCGCGCUGGUCUACCACCGCCUCCACCAGCUGCACAUGACUGGUAAGCUGAACGGCAGCCACCUGUCAGCCAUCCACAAGGCCCUGAGUGCGGUGAACCUGGCGGAGUGCGCCGGGUCGUGCCUGCCCGUGGUGACCUUGGCCGAGGUGUACGUCUCUGCAGCCCUGAGGGUCAAAGCCUCCUUGCCCCGGUUCCUCCACUUCACCUCGCGCGUGUUCCUGAGCAGCGCACGGCAGGCGUGUCUGUCGGCCAGUGGCAGCGUGCCCCCCGCCAUGCAGUGGCUCUGUCACCCGCUGGGACACCGCUUCUUUGUGGACGGGGACUGGGCCGUGCGCAGCACCCCAAAGGAGAGCAUCUACAGCCAGGCCGGCAACACCGUGGACCCCCUGGCGCAGGUUACCCAGGCCUUUCGGGAGCAUCUGCUGGAGAAAGCUCUGUACUGCGUGGCCCAGCCCCACGGGGAGAAGAACCAGAUCCAGGGAGAGGGGGAAUAUGCCGAUGCGUUGGAGUAUCUUCAGCUGUUGACCAGCGCCUCGGAUGCAGCUGGCGCCACCACCCAGUCCUUCGCCAUUGGCUCCAACAUGGCCACGGUCACCGGCUGCGACCCGCACUCCAAGUGGUGGUCCUCGGUUGCCGUGGUGAUCAUCAACUGGCUCCAAGGGGACGAUGCGGCAGCAGAGCGGCUGUAUCCAGCCGUGGAACAUCUGCCCCGCAGCCUCCAGACCGCCGAGAGUCUGUUGCCCAAGGCGUCUCUGAACACGUUCCGGGCGGUGCGAGCGCUGCUGUCCAGGCCAGAGAACUGUCUGCUGAGCCUGAGCCAUGCCGACAAGGCCAGCGCCCUGCUGCGCGACAGCCUUAACCUGGGACCCCACUGCCACAGCUCCAGCCUCGACAAGGUGGUGCAGCUGCUGCUGUGUGACCUCCUGCUGGUCAUCCGCACCAACGUGUGGCACCUGCAGCAGGGUACCAGCGGGUCCGUCGUCGGCGUCGCCGGCGGCAGCACCGCCCCCACCACACCCGUGGCCGCCGCCGGCAGCCCGCCCCCCGCCGGCGCCGUCCAUCAGGCGUCGUCCCCGGAGCUCCACGGCUUCCAGCAGGACCUCAGCUCCCUGCGCAAGCUGGCCCACAGCUUCAGGCCCGCCAUGAGACGGUUGUUCCUCCACGAGGCAACCGCCAGGUUGAUGGCGGGGGCCAGCCCCACCCGCACCCACCAGCUCCUGGACCGCUCUCUAAGACGGAGGGCCACCUCUGGAGCCAAGACAGAGGAGUGUGAGGCGCAGCCCGGCCAGCGGGAGCAGGCGGAGGCGGCGGUGCUGGCCUGUCGCUACCUGCCGCCCUCCUUCCUGUCGGCGCCGGGCCAGCGGGUGGGCAUGCUGGUGGACGCGGCCCGCACCCUGGAGAUGCUGGGGGACAAGCGCACCCUGCACGACUGCCAGCAGAUGAUCAUCAAGCUGGGCAGCAGCACCACCGUCACCUCCAGCUAGAGCAGGAGGGGGUUCAGGACACUGUGGGCGGGGCGAGAGAGGGGAGGGAAGAGACCAUGGUGCAUGGAUACGCAGCAUCACAUGCACGCACACACACACACUGUAUAUAUAAAAAAAAUGAAAUGAAUGUUUAACUGUGAUGGACGGUUGCAAACACACACACGCACCCAUGUACACACACACCGCCAUUUUGAUCUUGGAGCGUGUUGCGCGCCAUAGGAGUACCCCCCCCCAAUCCCAACUCAUAUCCUCUAUCCUGGCUCAUUUUUUACCGACAAAAUAAGUAUUUGGUACUAUAUCAGCCCCUAUUCAUUUUUGUUAUUUUAUUUACCUAAUUCAAUGUGAUUGCGGGAAUUUUGUUCAAACUGUUGAAUUUGGUUGGGGUGAAUUCCCCAGGCAGUGUUGUUGUUGUACUUACACUAGUUGGCCACAGGGAGGUGCCAUCGCAUCCUUUUGGGACAUGUCUAUUAUUGUUGUUUUGUUUUUUUCUCAUCUUAGUUACUCGAGUAUUUGGAACAAGAUGCAACCCUUGUAUGGGCACCUCACUUGAUGAUGGUUUGCUUGUUCUGAAUGCAUAAAUGCAUUGUUUUGUGUUUGCUCAUGGCCCGACCAAAAUCCGGACUUUGUACAACUUUGGUGGUUGUAUAGAUGUAGUCCAUUUAUCUGCACUAGCCUGGCAAGGCGGAUUUUCAAAGACUUAUCGAUUUCUUUAAUGUUGCUUUAUGAGGUUAUUUGGUUAGUUAUUUGGUUGCCCUUUUUCGCGUGUGUGUGUGUGUGUGUGUGUGUGUGUGUGUGUGUGUGUGUGUGUGUGUGUGUGUGUGUGUGUGUGUGUUUGUAAACCUAUUGGAGAAGUAUUUAUCUGUGAGACUUUUAAUCUAUCAGUAUUUUUAACAAAUAAGUUAAUGUUUUAUUUUUUUCCCCACCCUCUGUUAUUUUGUAACAGGUUUGUGUUGUCGGGGCAAUAAAAAAUAUCUGUCAGUUGACUAUUUGCACUAUGGCAUAGGGAGUGUGCUACUAUGAUAUAAAGCAUUGGCAGUAUCCAAUCACAGCAUCCGACAAACUGGUUUAAUUACCAUCAGUGAAGUGCUGCAUCAUCUAAACAGUUUUGAAAUAUUUGCGGUUUUCCAAAGACCUAUUGUCUUAUCCUACAACUCCACCUUUGGCAUUUCCUUGCAUAAUGCAUUAUGAGAUUGUUCUUGUUCACUUGUGUCCUGGUUUCAAAUUAACUAUAUUUGAUUGUAGACGACUGUAAAAUAGCAUUUUUAGAAUCCGGUUUUGUUGUCCAUCAAAUGGUCAUUUUAUUAUUGCUAUGUCAUUAAUCUGCGAGACUGGAAGAUUCUUCAAUUGAGAUGGGAAGGGCGAUCUACUACCUGUCGGACCAGCUCAUUUUAUUCAUUCUUCCAGUCUUCUCUUUUUCUGUCUUUCUUUGUUCUCCAUGUUUACUGUACAUAAAUGUUUUUUAACAAAUGUUUAUAGUCUGUUUUCUAUAUGGUGUUGAAUCAUCAACAAAUACAAUACCUUUUAUUUUAUUUGAUAGUUGAAUGUAACUAUAGCAAAGUAUUAUAUCAAGCUGCAGAGGACGGUGGCCCGUCUAGCCUGAUGACAAGGUCUGCCACUGAACUCUAAAGGCAGACAUCUCAGUUUCUUAAGAAAAAGUAUUGCCAAUAAGAGCCAGCCUGUAUGUAUGCUAUAUUGUUAACUUUUAAUAUAUCGUUUGGCAAAAAAACAAAAACAAAAAAACUAGCCUCUUCACUGACAUCUCCUCAAAGAAAUUGAAAAGGUUUCUUGGGAUAAAUACAUUUCAGUAGAGGGCUUUUCUCAUGGGUAUUCAGGGAGAACGUGACCUUUAGUAAACAUUUUGGUUUUUUACUAUGGUGGUGUGACUCUUCUUUUAACGUGCUGGCUUCACCUGGUGUAUUAUUCUGGUUCCCUUGGUGUGGCCGCUGUAGUUAUUUAGUUUUUUUCUAUGAGUGACAUUCAGUAAAGACAAAGAGCAGACGGGGGGUCUUGGCAGCAUUGAAAGGUGCUGGUAUAUUUCACAUUGGCGUUACAAAAAACAUUUCCAACAAAGUGAUGCUCGUGAUUCCAAAUCAACAGACAUGUAUAGGAAAUCAAUAAAAACAGCAUGCUCCAACUUAAGUGACAUUCCCAAAAAAGGUCCUCCUUUUUUUAAUGGAUUCUUUUAAUAACAUUUUUAUAAGCAAUAACAUAUUCCAUUUUAUAGAAAAUAAACAUCUCUAGGAAAUACUAUACACAAUUAUAUUAGUACAUCACAUCUUACAUUUAAACCGAAUCAAAUACUUAUAUACACCAUUAAAUAAUGAGCUUUGUAAAAGAGUUUGGUGUUGAACAUUUUUUUUUCUCUCAAUGCGCUAACACUUAAAUAUGUCUCCAGUUGAGAUGACUAUCCACUGUUACCCUAGACAUAGGGAACCGAUGAAAUGUAGCAUGGUGAAUGACCAUGGCUACAUUUGACAAACAAGACAUAAUGCAAAAAAUCUGGCUUGACUGUGUGUGUGUGUGUAAACUCUCUGCUAUCACAAUAUGUUGAAAUCGAUGACGUCAUUACAUUACAAUGACUGUUUAACUAUGGGUUUGACAUGAGACAAAAUGACCUGAUUUCCGGUUGGACCCUGCUCACAUUCAGGUAGCGAUAGCACGUAUCUACUGUACACCUUUAUGUACGGUACACCUGUACACACGCAUUCACAGCGAAAUGGGACAAUGAUACUCAUAUUCUUUUUUUUUUUCCCAUAUUGUCAUAUUUUUGUAUAUACUAUGCUGAAUGAUAACACAAUGUCCGGUAUAUACCAAUGAAAAUGAAGUGACUGUAUAGUCAUUGAAUGCACAUCAAAAUACAUCUCCGAACAUAAGAGCAUUAUAUUAAAAUACUGUCCUUUUUCCU